AUGAAAGUUGUGAAGCAAAUUGGGAAAGCAGGAGAAAAGAAAUCACUUGUUAAUGAGCUAAUUUCGCUCAACCCAAUAUCAUCAGUUGUUAUUACCGAAACUCAUCCUUUAGUAAAUUUAUAUGAUGAUACGAACCCUCCUCCUCAACCUGUUGAUCAAUUUGCACCUUAUUUAUCUCGAAAAAUAUCAAGGAAACGUCAGGAGAAAAUAUCAAAGAUUAAGGGCCCUCAAACAAAAGAAUCCCCAACAUUUGCUUUGACCGCCCAACGACAAUCACGUGCGCACACCGCUAUCGGGGGUAGGUAUCAGCCCGAUAAUGCCUUACCACCCAUUGGCCUAUUUGAUGAUCGCCAAAAAACGCAACAAAAUAGCCAAAAUCUUCAAUUACACCUCAAAAUGGAAGAAACAUUCGAUAAAAUUGCAUCUUCUUCUGCAAGUGUUGCUUUACACAAGCUUGUAGAAUCCACUCUCCAAAUUUAUUUUCUUGCUGACCAAGUUUUAUAUUUUCAUGAUAUUUCAUCAGUUAAAGUUCUCUAUUGUCCAUCCAAUACAACAAGUUUUCCUCAUGGAACUGGAAUUGCCGGGUAUACUCAGUUUACUCGUGAAAUUGUGAACAUUCCAAUUGCUUCUGAGUAUGCUUCUUUCAAUCCUUUAAAUGAAUCAGCCCAGAUAAAGAAAGACUCGCACAUACUUGCUUUUCCGUUGUUUGAUUUCUCAAACAAUGUUAAAGCCGUUAUUGAAGUAAUCCGCAGCAAAGAAUCUCCACUAUUCAACGAUAAUGAUAUUAAAUUUGCAGAAUAUUUCCAAAACAAGUGUAAGUUAUACUCUCGAUGGUUAUUUCAACCACUUUUAGAUGAUACAUUCGCCUCAGAACUAAUUCAAACCUGCAGACUUAAGCAAUUUGUUCAAUUGAUUACGGAAAAACUCACAAAGCUCUUUUUCUGCCGCAGGGCGGAGAUAUGGCGAUACAAUAGCCAAGAUAACCAGUUUGUUACAUUCACAAUGUCCUCAGAUUAUCCUGUCACUGUUCCUCUUUCCGAGCUAGGCAUUGCCGGCUAUUCUCUAAGGCACGAAGUCCCGAUUUCAUGUGUUACCGCCAGGAUUCACUCUGCCUACGUCGAAAAAGCCGAUGGCAAUGGCGAUUACUCUGUUUUAUCGAUUCCUGUUCGCGAUCCAGAUAAUAGGUAUGUCUAUGCCGUUGUCCUUCGUGGCAAACGCAAUCCUCAAUUUUUCACAGACAACGACGAAAAAAUCUUGUCCCGCAUCAUUCCUUACAUCAUUGCCUCACUCAACAGCGCGUUUGUUGCAGAGAAGAACCACCAUGACCUCGAGGAUGCCAUCCGCCAGCAGAAGAGACUCCGCAGCCUCCUUGAAGUUGCUGAGAUCCUCUCAGGCGAUUUACAGAUUGACUCUCUGAUUCCGAAGAUUAUGUCUCGCGCGUGCGACCUAGUCAAGGCCGACAGGUGCUCCCUCUUCAUGGCGAACGAGGCGAAGGACAAAUUGAUCACAACAUUCACUGGAGGCCUCAAGAACGCAAUCGAAAUUCCGUUCAACGCUGGAAUUGUCGGAUACACUGCAACGACAGGAGAGAUUCUCAACAUCAAGGACGCGUACGAGGACCCGAGAUUCAACAGAGCGACGGACUUGAAGACUGGAUACAGGACUCUGACACUUCUGUGUGUGCCAAUUUUCGACCACAAAGGAAAUGUCAGAGGAGUGACAGAGAUGAUCAACAAACUCGAUGGAACAUUUACAGAGGAAGACGUGAAACUCAUACAGAUCUUCAAUGUCUUCACAGGAAUCUCUCUAGAAAAUGCCCAACUGUACAGAGCAUCAAUCGAACUCAGUGUCCAACUUAAGACAUUCAUGGAUCUUUCUGUUUCAGUCACGCAGACGCAGGCUAUCAAGAAGAUCCUGGAAGACAUCAUCAAGAAUACGAGGCAGGUAAUUGGAGCUGUCACAGCAGAGCUUUAUCUAUACGAAGAUGAAGGAAUAUCAGCGAAACCAGUUGUUGUCGACGAAGACAUACAGACAAAGGUCGAGCUGUACGAAGAGAAGAAGAAGAAGGAAGACGAUGAGAACUCGCUUGGAGUGAAGAAACUGAUCAUCAAACGUCUAAUGGCUGGAAAGGACUCAAACGAGGAAGAAGUCAAUUCAAACGAGAGCAUGAAGAAGCAAGUCAUUGAGAAAGCUCUCAACAUCAAAACUGGAAUUGUAGAGAACGACGAAAAACAGCCAGAAAAGUCACUGAUGGUUACGCCAAUUCUUGGUUCUGACAAAUCAACAUACGGCGUUGUUUUGAUGCAGUGGAAGAAGAACCAACAGAAGUUUUCGAUUGAUGAUCUAAGACUUCUCGAGUCUUACUCAGUCUUCUUAUCUAUUUCGCUCGAAAGGACGAAACUCAAAUCAAUCGCUCAGAUGAACUCCAGCGAAGUUGAGAUCCAAACUUGGCUGAAUCCGAAUGAAAGGAAACUCACACAAAUACCACAGAAGCUCUCUCUGACAAAUGAGGAGUCCAAUUCUAUUUUCUCAUUUGAUUACAACCCAGAGAUAUACAAAGGCAUCGGAUUCUUCAAGAUCGUUUUCAGUUUGUUCAACUAUUUCACCCUUUUGGACGAGUUUAAGAUAAACGCAGAAACGAUGUAUCACUUCUUGCACAACUUGAGAGACAGCUAUAAUGUCGUUCCUUACCACAAUUGGAUGCAUGCUGUAGAUGUAACACAAUUUAUUGCAGUUCUAAUCAUCAAAACUGGUUUGGACAAAAUUCUGACAAAAUUCGAAAUUUUGUCACUUUUAGUUGCAAGUUUGUGCCACGAUGCGAACCACGAUGGAUUUAGCAACACGUACAACAUCAAUGCUCAGACUCCUCUCGGAAUUUUGUUUAAGAACCAGUCAGUCAUGGAGACUCACCACUGCUCUGUCUCAAUCGGCAUCAUCACAAGGGAGGAGUGCAACAUUUUCUCGCACAUUAAGGAGAAAGAGAUACAAAGAAUGUGGCAGUACUUCAUUGAAUUGAUCCUAAGCACAGAUAUGGCACAACAUUUCAUCUUCAUUGAUCGGGCCAAGAAACUGCUUGGUUCCCAUUCUGAAUGGUUCACAAGCCAAGAGAACCGACUGCUCGUGAUGUGUCUUUUGAUCAAAAUUGCUGACAUAAGUAACGUGGCAAGAAAGUUCGAAACGGCUGACAGAUGGUGCGCCAUUCUUUGCGAAGAAUUCUUCAGACAGGGAGACUUGGAGAGAGCAAAUGGAAUGGCGUAUUCUAGUCCAAUGAAUGACAGAGAGCACUUAAAUAAGGCUGCAUCGCAAUUAGGUUUCUAUAAAAAUGUCUGCUUGCCUCUAUUCGAUAUUGCUUCCCAGAUCGUUGGAGGAAUGGAUGACGUUGUAGAACAGGUUAGAUCAAAUAUGAAAGUUUGGGAAGAGAGAAAAUAG